GAAAAAAAUGGUACGAGCCACACCUUGCUGGGGUAAGUAUUUUAUUUCCGUGGCAUCAUUCUGAUAUAAUUGCAGAAAAAACAAUCAAAUUUAAUUAUUGAAAAGUUGUUAAAUAAUCAAAUUUACAUAGACUACUAUUUUGUAAUAAUUUAAAUAAAGCACAGCCAGGGAGAUACACAAAAAAUGUGGGGUUAAACUCAUGUAAUUGUUCCAUAACUGAAUCUAUGAAAAUAUUCAUAAUGUUAAUAUUAUCAUUUUUCUUAUAGUUUAUAGUUGCACAGAUUGUGAGGUACAACCAUUUAGAGAGAAAUCAUAUAACACUGAUUAUUUGUUAGAUUCUAAUAACUAAUACUGGUACUUAUAGUUAUGAUGUACUGGGCCUUUUUCUUGCCGUUUUAACACCUUGUUAUACAAAAAAAAAAUUCAAGACUUAGCAUAAAUUUAGUGAAGAAAUUUAGUUGUUUAAAUUUUCAGCCAACAACUUUACCAGGCCACAACAUCAACUUCAAACCACUGAAAAAGGGCAUUACUGAGCCUCAUAGGACGAGGGUGCGCCAACUGAGUCACGUUCUCUAUGAUAAAAUCACAGAGCUAAUGAACUCUUCUGAAUUGUCUGAGGAAAUAGUUAACAAACAAGUGCUUGUUACUUCAGUGAGUACCAGCUGCAUUUUAUUCUUUAUUCUAAUUACAUUCUGGGCUACUAGUAUAUCCAAGUUAAAUUUAUAAAAUAUUAUUAAACUUUGACCCUUUCAAACAGAGAUCCAGUUAUUUUGUUCAAGUUUUUAAAAUCGGAAGGACAUUGUUUUCUUUACCGGCAACAAUAACUUUUCUUUAGUUUUGAAAUUAUUAUACCACCAGAAUCGCUUUUUUUAACCCACUUCAUGUGAAUGAUGUGUAUAUGUUUAUAUGUGAAUGAUGUGUAUAUGUUUAAAUGUGAAUGAUGUUAUUAUUAUUAUUAUUAUUACUCCACUCAUCCCCUAUUUGCCAGGCGGAAGAUAAGAAUAAACAAUAAUGGUGGCAGUCCUGCCUCAGACAAUUCUUUGAUCUACCGGUAAACUAAAAAUGGUAAUGAAGCCUUGUUUACAUCCUGAUAAAGGAAAGGAAACUACUGGAUAUAAAUUGCCCAGUGCAGCAGAUGGCUAGGCCACAAGCGUCUUAUGUAAUUUUUGUUUACUCAAAUCGUCAAAUACUGUGUCUUAUAUUACGGGUGCGUCUUAUGUAAAAUAUUUUUUACACAAAUCGUCAAAACCCGCAUCUUAUAUAUGGGUUUGUCUUAUAUGUGCAAAAAAUACGGUAACUGUCACAGAUAUGAGUGUGUGAACAACUAAUGGAAGACAAGUAAUAUGCUUAAUAUUAGUGUUGGGACUUGUGAUGACUGGCCAAUCAGAGUGUUUGAUUGGACAAUUAGAGAAGAAAACAGUAGCGGUGAAGUGAAAAGAGAUCGUAGGAUUAUGUAAUCAAGAUUUGGUUAAUAACAUUUUCAAGUAAAAGAAGAUUAUAUUAUGGAAGUAGAAGAGGAAUUGAAAUUUUUGUGAUGUGAUUCUUACAACUACAGAAACUUUUUUUUUUUUAAAUAUAUUUCUCAUGACCACAAUCUAAUUUUGAUUAACUUCAUGCUAGAAUUAUUAAUAUACUUUGGUUUGGGUACCACAAUUAAGUACUACUGACUCUGAACAUGGAUGCAACAGAGGUGAAAUUGGGUACACGGCUUAGCCUCAAGGGGCCUCUCAUUCUUACAAAAGUUGGAGGAGCCUCAAUUUGUCUAUUCCAAAAAUAUAAUGAGAGAACAAAGAUGCAAUCGAACAUUCCCCUAAUUAUUGCACUCCUGUUGGCUUUCAACAUUUUUUAAAAAGUUUAAAUUAAAAAAAUUUUUUUACUUCUCUUGUGGAAACUUAAAUUGUGUUGUUUCAUUGACAGAAGAUUAGUCUACGCAUAAUCUAAUAUUGAGAAUUUUUUGUCACCAACACACAUAGGUAAAGAUGCAAUUAGAUUUCUCUAGUAUCCAUGUCUACUGGGACUGUCACAGAUCUGAUGCAGGGGAUUUAGAAACUUUAUUACUAAAUCAUGCAAACAAAUUAAGGUUUGAUAUUUUUUAUUGUAGACUACACAGAUAAUAAACUAUAUCACGACAUGCUAUAUUUGUACUUCAAUUUGGUAUGUACAGUGCUUCAAGCCUUUGGGGAUGAAGCAUGAUUUUAAAAUAAUCUUUAUUAUUAUUAUUAAUAUUAGGCCUUAACCAAUGAUUGUUAUGGUAAACAUUACUUUUUUAAAGUUUGAUUUAUGAAGGAAUGCCUCAAUUUCCAUUUGAACUCAGAAACCAUUAGUGUUUUGUUUGAAUAUUGGCUUGGAUGUUGUAAUUGUUUUAUUAAUUUCUUCAAUUGGUAUUUAAUAAGUAUAGAUAACUACCGUACUCAACUACUGGUAUAUAAAAUGAGUCUUAAUUGUUUUACAUUUUCACUAUAACACAUCAAUAUAUUUAUAAUAAUACACAUUUAAUUUUUCUUUCCAAUACAGAAGUUUACUAAUAUCCUAUCAUGUCUUGGGACGCAUUCCGCCUAUCAUCUUUAAGAAGGACAAGACGCAUGGUGACCUAGCUCUAAUUGAUCAGUUACUUGAAAUUGCAGACUACGGACCUGAUUAUGUCCCAUCAAACCCUCAUUUUCAGGUCAAAGGUUAUGGAGAAAUCUCCAGCUCGACACCUGAGGUUAAGAAUUAUGAUUUCGCUGCAGAAUUAUCCCAAAGCCUGACACAAAUGACUAUAGAUGAUUAUGGCGGUGCACAAAAUAAACAAGAAUCAAACUCAGACAGCGAUGUCUCAAAUCUUUCUGCUGGGAAACCUAACGAACUCCCUGGGGAUUCGUUAACCCCAGGCCUUAUAUUUCGAUCUGACAUUUAUGGUUUGCCCAGAGACAAACUGCUGAAGAAAAUUGUAGCCCAGAGAGACAGGGUGAAAUUUCAACCAGGGGAUUUAGAGACAGAACCUACAUCAGAUGAAGAGUUUGAUUCCAAGAGACUGUUGAACCAGAAAGACAAAGUCUUGCUGAAAGAGAAGAAAGGCUUCACCAAGAUGAAACAAAAACUCUUGGAGAGAGAAGUGGACGAUUUUUAAAGUGAAAAAUUGGCUAAUGAAGUUUAUUUCAUGGAUGUAAGUGAUGCAAGGAUAUUAAAGUUGAAGUGUGUUUGAAAUCUGUGACAAAUUUAGACAUUGAAAACAGCAGAGGCUAUUUUCCAGUGUGUUAGAAAAUGUUAGUAAUACUUGAAAUAAUAUAUUAUAAUAUACUGGUAUAUAUACCUAAGUAAUAAACUUAUGUCAAUGUGUUUAGCUGAGUUCAAUAGCGCACAAUAUAAAAUUCCCCAAAAGAGCUCCAAUGUGCACAUUUUUGUUCACAGGCUGCAAAAACUAACAAUUCCUGCACUAAAUGAAUUUUUUUUUAUAACAAUGAUUAGUGAUAGAAUUUUUUUGUUUUAUUUUACUGAAUCAGUUUAAAUCCUAUAAAUUAAUUAUACAGUCAAACCCCCUUAUCUCGACGUCGGUUAACUCGCCAACCCUAUUAUGUCGACAUUUUUGAAGUGGAACCGCCAAAUUCUCUCUUUGACCUAGCAUUUUCUCCUCGGUUAUGUCGAUUCUUUUAUGUCGCCGAAUCCUUAUAUCUCAAGCACAAAAGGCGGCCAAAUUUUCCACUUAACCUCAGUUAUCUCGAUCCCCAUGACCAAUCGCCGGCUUUUGAACUCCGCAAGAAGAAAUAGCAAACAACAAAUAAACAAGUUUUUUAUAAUUAAAAAUAAUUAUUUACCGGUAUUUCUCAAAAUACAUGAUUUUUGUUUUAGGAUGAAC